AUUGCUGGAUGUGAUUAGUUGGCUAGAUAGGAAGCCUUUGAUAAUCCUGUGCACAUUUUUUGAUAUGGUUACAGAGUAACUUAAGUUUGCUCGUAUAGUCGAGUCGACAAACACGUAUUCGACAAGAAAAGACGUACAUUGUGCUCCCACCUAAAAUACGCCGCCUUCUACUGUAUCCUCCACCUCGAACAUCGUCUUCGCCCGCGCAAGCACGCGGCCUUCCAGAAGCUUCUAGAAGACCCGCCGCCCGCCAUGUGCGGGAUCUUCGCCUACCUCAACUACUGUGCGCCGCGGGAUCGACGGUAUGUCCUCGAGGUCCUCCUCAACGGCCUCCGCCGCCUGGAGUACCGAGGCUACGACUCCUCCGGCAUAGCCCUCGACACGGACCUCCCGCCGCCUGGUUCCGCGGCGGCGUACGCGGGGGCGCCGCCACUUGUGUUCCGCCAGGAGGGAAAGAUCGAUAACCUCGUGCGAUCCGUCUACUCCGAGGUUGAUGAGAAGGGUGUGAACCUAGACGCCACAUUUCCCAUUCACGCUGGAAUUGCUCACACCAGGUGGGCUACGCACGGCGUGCCUGCCCCAAAGAACAGCCACCCCCAAUCCUCUGGGGCCGGUGAUGAGUUCUUGGUCGUCCACAAUGGAAUUAUCACAAACUAUGAGAUUCUGAAAGAGACACUGAUUCGACACGGGUUCACCUUUGAGUCUGAUACCGACACAGAAGUCAUCCCUAAGCUAGCAAAGUUUGUUUUUGACCAGGCUUGUGAUGGCGAAGGUGAUAUGACAUUUAGCCAAGUUGUUAUGGAAGUCAUGAGGCAGCUUGAAGGAGCCUAUGCACUUAUCUUUAAAAGUCCACACUAUCCCAAUGAGCUGAUUGCAUGCAAACGAGGCAGCACGCUGAUACUUGGUGUCAAUGAAGUAAGUGAUCAAAACAGCGCGAAGUCAUUUCAGAAUGUCAAAUCCCUGACAACAAAUGGAAACCCCAGGGAGUUCUUCUUCUCCAGUGAUUUAUGUGCUAUUGUAGAGCACACCAAGAAUUAUUUGGCUAUUGAAGACAAUGAAAUUAUUCAUAUUAAGGAUGGUAGUGUGUCUAUCCUUAAGUUUGACAAGGAAAAAGAGAAGCCAGCAUCUGUGCAACGAGCAUUGUCUGUUCUGGAGAUGGAAGUCGAGCAAAUAAAGAAAGGAAGCUAUGACCACUUCAUGCAAAAAGAAAUCCAUGAACAGCCACAUUCACUGACAACAACAAUGAGAGGUAGACUAAAGGAUAGUGGAGUUGUUUUAGGCGGACUAAAGGAACACCUCAAAACACUUAGACGCAGUAGAAGAGUAAUCUUUAUUGGCUGUGGUACUAGUUAUAACGCUGCCUUAGCUGCACGGCCUUUUGUAGAAGAACUUACCGGUAUUCCUGUGACAAUGGAGGUUGCAAGUGACUUGCUGGACAGACAAGGCCCCAUCUACAGAGAGAACACUGCAGUUUUUGUGAGCCAGUCAGGGGAGACAGCAGACACCCUCCUAGCUCUUGAGUAUGCACUAGAAAAGGGAGCACUUUGUGUUGGUGUUACAAAUACAGUGGGGAGCACACUGUCAAGAAAAACACAUUGUGGAAUUCAUAUCAAUGCUGGUUGCGAGAUUGGUGUUGCCAGCACCAAGGCUUAUACAAGUCAAAUAGUAGUCAUGGCGAUGAUAGCCUUGGCUAUUGGAUCUGAUCAGUUAUCCACUCAACCUAGAAGGGAGUCUAUAAUCACUGGUCUUUCAAGUCUUCCAAGCCAUGUCAGUGAAGAUGCUGAAAUGAAGGAUCUCGCAUCUUCACUAAUCGACUCAGAGUCACUCCUUGUGUUUGGAAGAGGUUAUAACUAUGCCACUGCCUUAGAGGGUGCUCUCAAAGUGAAGGAGGUCGCACUGAUGCACAGCGAAGGCAUGCUUGCUGGCGAGAUGAAGCACGGGCCACUAGCACUGGUGGAUGAAAAUCUUCCCAUCAUCGUCAUCGCGACACGCGACUCGUGCUUCAGCAAGCAGAAGUCGGUGAUUCAGCAGCUCCUUUCUCGCAAGGGGCGUCUGAUCAUAAUGUGCUCCGAAGGUGACAUCUCCGCCGUUGGUCCUAGUGCAUCCUGCAGGGUAAUUCAAGUUCCAGAGGUCGCUGAUUGUCUACAGCCAGUGAUCAACAUAAUUCCGUUGCAGUUGCUCGCAUACCACCUUACUGUUCUCCGUGGAUUCGAUGUCGACCAGCCAAGGAAUCUGGCCAAGAGUGUGACUACACAGUAAGCAUACCAGACGCCUGUGCUCGUGCGCACGCACACACACAUACAAAGUAAACGAAAUCAUACUUAUUUUAGAGAAAAGUAAGUAAAGAAAGCAAGUGUUUGCCUCCGGGUUGUGUCGACAUUGUACUGUAGCGUAAUUAAUUUACUAGUAGAUGAUGAUUAAGCAAAGAUGCCUGAGGUGGUUACCAUUGCA